AGACAGUGGUUAUGUUUGGGUAAAGACUGGAGUAUGUAUAGAGAGUAUCUCCACUGAGUUUUCCUGCUGAGCCAGUGGAACUAAAUAUGGAUCGGGCGACAAUUGAUAUUGAGCAUUCAGAGAAGCUAGAGCAGAAAGGUCGCCUAAUGAACAUUUCUUUCAACAUUUUAUCUGAGGCUGAUGCAGUAAGGAAAUCAGUGAAGCUAAUUGGAGCUGCCAGUGAAGUGACAGAUCCUGCUUUGGGUUUUCCUAAUCUAAUUAACCAUUGCAAUACUUGUGGUGCCAAAGACAGAAGAGAAUGUGAAGGUCAUUUUGGUUUAAUCAACUUCCCUUUUACAAUUCUCAACCCAUAUUUCUUACCAGAGGUUGCACAGAUUUUAAAUAAGAUCUGUCCGGCAUGCAAAUCUGUUCAUGUUAAUAAGGUUAAGAGCUCUGGAUCAACAUCUGUGCGUGACCACUCUGAUACUUGUAAAUAUUGUGAUGGAAGGUCAAGAGAUUCUUAUCCACCAAUGAAAUUCAAAGUGACUUCAAAAGAUGUCUUCGCCAAAACUGCAAUAAGUGCAGAAGUGAGCGAAAGGUCAUCAAGCAAUAGGAGUUCAAAAGGGUCAAUGGCUUCUGAUUAUUGGGAUAUUAUUCCUUCUGAUGCUCAGCAAGAUCUAAAUAAUUUGGGAUCAAAUAAACGCCUUCUGUCACAUGCCCAGGUUUAUAACAUCUUAAAAGAUGUUGACCCGAGGUUCCUUGAAUCAUUUCUGAAAAGGAAAAGCUCUGUCUUCCUUAACUGUUUUCUUUUGACUCCCAACUGUCAUCGUGUGACAGAAUUGGGACAACAUAUAACUUUUGACACAAAAACAAAGUUGUACAAAAAACUGAUUGAUUUUAGAGGAACUGCCAACGAACUGAGUGCUCGUGUUCUGGACCUCAUUAAAGUUUCAAAGGUUCGAUCUCAAAAGUCAUCAGCUAUAAAUUCUGCUUUCAGUGUGCUUGGUUUUAAAGAUUCUGCUGUUGCUACAUCUGGUUUAAAGUAUAUCAAAGAACUACUUUUGGGAAAGCGAACUGAUCAUGCUUUUCGCAUGGUUGUAGUUGGCGAUCCGAAUAUAAAUCUUGGUGAAAUUGGCAUGCCUCGUCAUAUUGCAGAAAAGCUGCUUGUCUCUGAGCAUGUGAACAGGUGGAACUUUGGGAAGCUAAAGGAUUAUGUUGCCCUAAUACUUGUUGGUGGUGGAGAGAUUUGUGUUCGUAGAGGAGGUAGACUUGAGAAACUUAGUAUCAUUGACAAGCUGUGUUGUGGAGAUGUUUUGUAUAGGCCUAUGCUUGAUGGAGAUAUUGUUUUGAUAAACAGGCCUCCGUCUAUCCAUCAGCACUCCAUGCUUUCCCUAUCUGUCAGAAUUCUUCCAAUAAAUUCAGUUCUCUCUAUCAAUCCUCUUAUUUGUUCUCCUCUCCGUGGAGAUUUUGAUGGUGACUGCCUUCAUGGUUAUGUAUCUCAAUCAGUUGAUUCUAGAGUUGAACUCAAUGAACUUGUUGCUCUAAACAAACAGCUACUUAAUGGGCAGAGUGGUCGAAACCUUUUGUCACUAAGUCAUGAUAGUUUAACUGCAGCUCAUUUAAUUUUGGAGGAUGGGGUGACUUUGGACAAGUUUCAAAUGCAGCAAUUGCAGAUGUUUUGCUCUUGCCCAAUGCCAAUUCCUGCUAUCACCAAAGCCCCUGGAAACAAGUGCUUUUGGACAGGGAAACAAUUAUUUUCCCUACUUAUUCCUCCAUGUUUUGAUUAUGUUUCACAGUCAAAUGGUGUGCAGAUAAGCAAAGGGGAAGUUGUUACUUCUUCUAGUGGGUCUUCUUGGCUGCGGGAUAACGAUGGGAACCUCUUCCAUAGUCUUGUUAGAUGCUGUAAAAAUGAAGUUCUUGGCUUUCUGUGUGCUGCACAGGAAGUUCUUUGUGAGUGGUUGGCAAUGAGAGGGCUAAGUGUAUCACUUUCUGAUCUUUACCUUACUUCUGAUGCAUAUUCCAGACAAAAUAUGAUUGAAGAAGUCUCUUGUGGGCUGCAAGAAGCAGAGCUGCUAUCUUCAAUCAGACUUCUGAUGAUGGGUUCCAAUCAAGAUUUCCUUGUUGAAAGCACUGAAGCAAACAAACGUAGUGUAGAUUUUGGAGAACAGCAUUUGUCUUCUAUUCAGCAGCAGAACUCCUCAGUACUCAGUGAAGCUUCUGUUUCUGCUUUUAAGCAAGUGUUUUUGGAUGUUCAGCAUUUGGUGUACCACUAUGUGAGCAAGGAUAACUCAUUUUUGUCUAUGUUAAUGGCUGGAAGCAAGGGCAACUUGCUAAAAUUAGUUCAGCACAGUAUGUGUCUUGGUUUGCAGCAUUCAGUGGUUCCAUUAUCCUUUAGUAUUCCCCAUCAGCUUUCUUGUGCUACCUGGAAUUAUCAUAAGAUCUCUGUUCAUGAAUCUCAUGGUACCUUAGAUCAUUCCGGUUCUUACAUCCCGUUUGCUGUCAUUGAAAAUUCAUUUCUAACAGGCUUAAAUCCUAUGGAAUGUUUUGUGCAUUCAUUGACAACUCGAGAUAGUUCUUUCAGUGGUCAUGCAGAUGUGUCUGGGACUUUGACCCGGAAACUUAUGUUUUUCAUGCGUGAUCUAAGCAUUGGAUAUGAUGGAACAGUAAGAAAUUCUUAUGGAAAUCAACUUAUUCAGUUUUCAUACAAUAGCAGAGAUACUCUGACUCCCUGUAACUGCAAUGAUGAGUCUCCCAGUGAGACAAUUCCUGCUUAUGAUGUUGUGGGUGGUCAUCCUGUUGGUGCACUGGCUGCUUGUGCGAUUUCUGAAGCCGCAUACAGUGCAUUAGACUUGCCUAUUAGUGCACUUGAAUCAUCACCACUCCUGAACCUGAAGCGUCCCGUGAAUCACCAGUCUCAAGCUUAUCAGGAUCCUCUGCUUUGCUUGGGAGAAUCAAUAUCCAGGGCAAGCUUUCUUGCCCUUCUCUCUGCUUCCCUCUUCUUUGCAUCCGACCCUGCUUUAGCAUUCAAGUGCACCAAACCUACUUCUCAUGAUAUCUCACAUGGGGUACGGGGUGAACUUGAUGACAUGCAUGGUUUGGUUCAUGAUGCAUUGGGAAUUCUUGAACAAGAUCAUACAAAGAUAGAUGAAACUGAAUACGAAAACCAAUUGCCCAAUGUAGAAGCUGAAAAAUUUUACAAUCUAAUUGAUAAUUCUAACAAAGAGCUUUACUCUGGAUGUAAAAGAUUCUCAAAACUUUCCUUUAUGAUUCGGUUGCUUCACCUCAAAUGCCUUGGUAAACUCAGCAACAAAAUUUUUGAUAUGUUACUUGAUUUAUUGAAAGAAGCCUUUCCAGAUGCGAUGGAUGGUUUGCCUAAGUCUUAUUAUGAAGCUAAAAAGUUAAUGAAAGAAUUAGGACUUGGGUAUGAUAACUAUGAUGCAUGUCCGAAUGACUGCACUUUGUAUUGGGGAGUAGAUGCAAGCAGAAAGCAUUGUGAAACAUGUAAAGAAUCCAGAUGGAUUAAAUUUGAAAAUGAUCCGACUGGUGAAGAUUCAUGA